CGAAAUUCAUCUGGCUACGGUCAGGUUAACUGUGUGGGCAGUGUACAGCAAAGAUUCUAGAGCGGAGCUCACCAGAGGUUAUCGUCAAUGGCUACCAUGGAGCCAGUAACGUUACAAGAGGAGAAAGAUGUUGACGACUGCAAUGACCAAACUUCUUUCACCCAGGAAUUGCCCCUAGGAAACAAGCUUGAGUUGAAACCUAUAAUUAUCAGUGGUCCAAUUGUUAGGAGAAAACAGUUUCUACACUAUCUUGGCAUGGUUUUGGACCAGUUCUGGCUGCAUUCCAGGGAUAUCCAGUCAAAACGGUCGACGAUCAUUGAAUUACUACCUGUUUUUGCCUGUGGUGCGGUGGAGACUAAUGACCUUUAUUCAGUUCAGGAAAUUGUGAAUAAGAUGGAUGUGAACUGUGGAGACUAUGAUGACUUCAAGCCCAUGCACAGGGCCGCUGAGUGUGGCAAUAUUGAAAUGGUGACGUACCUGAUGAAGAAGGGUUCGUCUUGGCAACUGAUGAAUCACUUCGGCGAGAACCCCUUAUCCCUGGCCAUCAAGAACAGGCAUUUUGAUCUCAUCAAGUUUCUGAAACUGCAUCACGCCGUCCUCAAGAUGCCACUAGUGAGAGCAGCAAUGCGCCUGCAACAAGCUGUGGCCAAGAGGGACUUCUCCGCAUUGUACGCUUGGUCCCUGGCUGAGCUGGACAUGGAUGAAAAGGACUACAAUGGCCGCACAGCCAUGCACCUGGCUGUGCGCAUGCGUGACAAACAGCUUGUGCAGAUUCUGUUGCGCUAUGGGGCCACGCCUUUGGAGAGGGAUAUCUGGAACCAGACUCCACUGGAUGAGGCUCGCAAACAUAACUUGGAUGGAAUCCUGACGCUCUUUCAUCCACGCUUCACUGUGCAGUUUCCCAACAAACAAGCCUAUUUGCAGCACAUACCAAAUAAGAAGCUGGAAACUGACAUAUGAUGUCACACUGGCCCUAUUUAAAAGGACAGAAGGGCAUAGUCAGAGAUAACAUAUUUCUAAUUUAUUUAACAUAAGUUAUUUUUGUGUGUUAUUCAGCCAUGUUUUAGCCAUAAUGCAUUGAAUCUUGAUAGGAGUAACCAGAAGUCGAUAUUGUAAGAUUUUCAAUAAAUCUGUGAUAUUUUCAAAAAUAAAAAUGGUU